AUGGUCGUCGAACUGAGGAAGCGCAAGGCGCCGCCAACCCAGCCAGAGCCGGCGCAAAAAAAGACGGCGACGGCCAAAGCAACGAAGAAAACGAAGACAGCUAUAUCUUCCGAGUCAGCAACACCUGCUGCGAAGACGAAAAGCGAGGAUGCCCCUUCCGCGAAGCCAUCACCAUCAGUCCCCAAAGUCGACGAUGUUAUCCCCCUGGAAGGCUUUGGAGGAGAAAUACAGACUCAGGAUGGCGAAUCGACAACUUUGGAGUCUUUGCUGACUUCCAGUAAAACUGGAGUUGUUCUCUUCACAUACCCGCGGGCCUCUACACCAGGAUGCACAAAUCAAGUUUGCUUGUUUCGUGACAGAUAUGAACAUCUCACCUCGACCGGGCUGGCAAUCUAUGGUCUUUCCACCGACUCUCCAAAAUCAAACACAACUUUCAAGACCAAACAGAAAUUGCCCUAUCCACUACUGUGCGACCCGAAAGCCACUUUGAUUGGCAGUUUGGGUCUGAAGAAGUCACCAAAAGGCACUGUUCGAGGCGUCUGUGUGCUGGAUAAGACUGGUAAAGUUCUGUUAUUACAGCCUGGCAGCCCCGCUGGAACUGUCGAUGCUGUAGAGAAGAUUGUGAAAGAAUCUCUGGCUAAAGAAGAUGCUGAAGAGGAACCCAAGGAAGAUGCCACUGAAAAUGAGAAAUAA